GCACCGAGUCUCUGACCUGAAACCUCCAUAAUGCAUGGGGGCAAGAGAGGGUUGGUGGCUCCGCAGAACACUUUCCUGGAGAAUAUAGUCCGGCGGUCCAGCGAAACGAGCUUCCUGUUGGGAAAUGCACAGGUCCUGGAGUGGCCAGUCGUUUACAGCAAUGAUGGAUUCUGCAAGCUGUCUGGAUACCACAGAGCAGAGGUGAUGCACAAGAGCAGCACAUGCAAUUUCAUGUAUGGUGAUCUGACUGAUAGAAAUACGAUAGACAAAAUCAAACAAACAUUUGACAGCUAUGAGUCUAAUUUCUAUGAGGUGCUGCUGUAUACAAAGAAUAAAACACCAAUAUGGCUUUACAUGCAGAUAGCCCCAAUCAGAAAUGAAAAUGACAAGGUGGUGCUUUUCCUCUGCACCUUCAGAGACAUCACCCUGUUCAAACAGCCAAUUGACGAUGAGUCCACAAGAGGGUGGACAAAGUUUGCCAGGCUCACACGAGCACUGGCCAACAAUCGAAACCUGGUGCAGCAGUUAACACCACUCAAUAAGUCAGAGGUCAGCCACAAGCCCUCCAGACUGGCUGAGGCUCUCCAGCUGGGAUCAGACAUUCUCCCUCAGUACAAGCAGGAGGCCCCUAAGACCCCUCCACACAUCAUCCUCCACUACUGCACUUUCAAGACCACUUGGGACUGGAUCAUCCUCAUCCUCACCUUCUACACUGCCAUCAUGGUACCCUAUAAUGUUUCCUUCAGGACCAAGCAGAACAACUUGGCCUGGCUGGUUGUGGACAGUGUUGUCGAUGUCAUCUUUUUGAUUGACAUUGUGCUCAACUUCCACACCACCUUUGUGGGUCCAUCUGGAGAGGUGAUUUCAGAUGCCAAGCUCAUAAGAAUGAAUUACCUAAAGACGUGGUUUGUCAUCGACCUGCUGUCCUGCCUGCCCUAUGAUAUCAUCAACGCCUUUGAAAACGUUGAUGAUGAUAUUCUCACACAUGCCUCUUCCACGGGUCAUCUUCGUGAGUCACAUUUCCACAGAAAUAGCACACGGAUUGAAGACUCCGUUCUCCCAGGUCUCAGCAGCCUCUUCAGUUCCCUUAAAGUCAUCCGCCUGCUCCGUCUGGGCCGCGUAGCCCGAAAACUGGACCACUACCUGGAGUAUGGAGCUGCGGUCCUGGUCCUGCUGGUGUGUGUCUUCGGCCUGGUGGCUCACUGGCUUGCCUGCAUUUGGUACAGCAUUGGUGACCACGAGGUCAUUGAUGAGACCACCAACACCAUUAAGACAGACAGCUGGCUCUACCAGUUGGCACUGAGUAUUGGAACUCCUUACCGCUACAACACUAGCGGUAAUGGCCGGUGGGAAGGAGGUCCUACCAAAGACACGCUGUACAUUUCUUCUCUCUACUUCACCAUGACUAGCCUGACCACCAUUGGAUUUGGUAACAUUGCUCCAACAACAGAUGGCGAGAAGAUUUUCUCCGUGGCUAUGAUGAUGGUGGGCUCGCUGCUAUAUGCCACAAUCUUUGGAAACGUCACCACCAUCUUCCAGCAGAUGUACACCAACACAAAUCGCUACCACGAGAUGCUCAACAAUGUGCGUGACUUCCUUAAGCUUUACCAGGUUCCCAAAGGUCUGAGCGAGAGGGUCAUGGACUUCAUUGUCUCCACCUGGGCCAUGUCGAAGGGCAUUGACACAGACAAGGUUCUCUCCAUCUGUCCUAAAGACAUGCGUGCAGACAUCUGCGUCCACCUCAACAGACAGGUGUUCAAUGACCAUCCGGCUUUUCGCCUGGCAAGUGACGGCUGUUUGCGCUCUCUCGCCGUGGAGUUUCAGACUACACACUGCGCACCUGGAGACCUCAUCUUCCACAUCGGGGAGAGCGUUGAUACGCUCUGUUUUGUAGUCUCGGGUUCACUCGAAGUCAUCCAAGAUGAUGAGGUCAUCGCAAUACUAGGUAAAGGUGACGUGUUUGGAGAUGCAUUCUGGAAAGAGACCACGCUGGCUCGAGCCUGUGCGAAUGUGCGUGCUCUGACGUACUGCGAUCUGCACGUCAUCCGGAGAGAGGCCCUGAUGCGGGUGCUGGAGUUUUACACCGCGUUCGCCAACUCUUUCUCCCGCAACCUCAUCCUCACCUGUAAUUUGCGAAAACGGGUCAUCUUCAGGAAGAUUGCCGAUGUGAAGAGGGAGCAGGCGCAUCAGAGUGACGUGACUCUGUCGAUUCCCGAAGACCACCCGGUUCGCAAGCUGUUCCAGAAGUUCAGACAGCACAGAGACGCUCAAACAGAAGAGUCCAACACUUACUUAGAUCACAACUGCGUGCAGGUGGAGAUGCAGCAGCACCCCCAGCACCACACUGACUCUAACUCUUACACUCAGCCCAGUCACUCAGCAUGGCAGGAGAACACCUCAGCAGGAGGGGGGAACAGUUGUAACAUGCCUGAAAAGUCAGAGCAAAGGCGCACAAUGGAUGCGGUGGGGUCUGCAUCAAAGCCUUGUCCAGAGAGCCGGUUUGGCCAGAGCAGUGGUGCAGGUGGAGAGGGUAACGCAGGGAGCGGCAGAGGUGUGAGAGGCUGGGCAAAGUUUAGAAACGCCACAUCUGCUGAGCCAGCACGUCCUCCUGUCGAGCAGGAGAAGCAGACUCAGAAAGCAGACGAGUGGCCGAAAGGAUCGCAGUCCUCUGAACAGAUCGCAGCCCCCAAAACAAACCACGAAUCAGGGGGAGGCGGAGAGAGGGGAAGCACAGAGGGCAGCAACAGCGCAGGUGAGGAAACAAGCGCCCUGCACAAAACCGACUCCUGCGACAGUGGUAUCACAAAGAGCGAUCCACGCAUCGACCGAGCAGGAGAUUCGAGAAGCUCCUUCGAGCGAAGCCCGAUGGAAAGGAGCCCCAUGGAGAGAAAUCCAUUUGAGCACAGCCUCGGGGUUUACGCCGAGGUCUCCCUCAGACACUCAUUCGUGCAGCCGCUGUCUGAGCAAGCGCUGCUUCAAGCGACGCUCCACGCGGCCAAGCUGGAGCUGAAAGCAGACAUUCAGAUACUGAGCGGGAGACUGUCGCUGCUCGAGGCUCAGGUGAGCGAGAUCCUCAGGCUGCUGUCGGUAAAAAGACUCUCACUGCCGCCAGCGUCCUCUCCAAAAGCAAGACGGAAAAGUCAAGACUCGGUCACCGCCUCCAGGCCGGCUUCACCCAAAACAGACGACGAGGAUCUUUAAAUUUUCUCACUCAAUAAAAAAAAAUAAAGGAUUAGAUAAGCAUCGUGCAUGUCCUGCUGGACUACAAGUUUUAAUACUUGAUUGCAUGCAGAAAUGUUACCUUAGCACCACAAGAAUCCAGGGAUUUAUCUUAUACUGUAGCUUUUAACUUAUGAGACACUUGUGUGUGAGAGGAAGCAGGGACAAAUAAUUAACAACAAGCACAAAAAGGAAA